UAAAAAUUUAAAUUUCAUUGCAGGGAGUAAGGUUAAAAUAGGAAGAAAAUCUGAAUACUCUACCAACUAUUAAUGCAUGCUGAAUAACUCUUGAAUUUUCUUACCGAGAUUUCAUUGCAGGCUGAAAAUCCCUUCCACGGUGUUAAAUAUUCGGGAAAAUUUUGCUGGCGAAGGCGUCCGUCUAUAUAAAUUUGGUGCUUAAGAUCUUCUUCUGCACAUUCAGGGAUUCCAAAGAGCCAAAUCUUGUAACAUUUGGCCCACUAUUUGAAUCUUUCUAAUAAAGAAUUCACCCAACUGCUAAAUGUUACAGUAUGCUUCCGCUGUCGAUACAUUUUCUAUUCAAUCUGGUUAUCUUUUGGCGAAUUUUGGCCAGACAAUUAACCAGUCGUAGCUUGUUAACCAACAUUUUAUUUUUGAUUUUGGUAAUUUUAAGGUUUUGGUUAGCAGUCCUUAUGUGAGUUUAAGUUGAGGAUUCUGUUGAGUAGGUUUUCUUUAUUAGCCGUCAGAAACCUUGCUAGAGCGGUAAAAUUUGUUGUUACUGGUUUAAAGGCCAAUGAAUUUGUUAGAGUUCGUCAUGAAAUAUUGACUGGGAAAUAUCAAUUUGGAGUUAAUGGAAUUUGGUAUUUUGCGCAGAAUGGAGGAUUUGGAGAGCUUUUGGUCACUUUUAGGCUGUAAACCUUGGGAUUAAGGACUUUCUUGCCCAACUUGUAUAAAUUCCCGGGUUUCUGCUUCAUGCCGGCGGAUUCAAGUUUUUUGUCAUCGAUUUUCCUGUUUCUCUAAGGAUUUGAGAGUUAACUUUUUCGCUUUCAGAAAUCUGAAUGAUAUUGCUGUUUAUUUAAAGUGGAGAUGCCGACAACAUUAAAGAACCCAAUUUCUUGUGCUGAGUUUUUUCAAUGGGGAGUCCGCAAGCGUAUCCGAAGGGACAAACCACAAGUAAAGAAGGCCGAGAAGAUUAUGGAGAACAAAUCCACCAUUUGUUUGGAUAGACUUGCUGCUGCAGGGAUAAUCCCCUGUUCCCCACAAGAACAGUGUCUUCAAAUCCCCUGUUUCCCACAAGAACAGUGUCUUAAAAUCCCCUGUUCCCACAAGUACAGUGUCAUCAAAUCCAAUCAGGCCUUGAUAGAAUGAUAGCACUGCCCUCCAAUAAAAGCUUUCAUUCCCUGCUAUCUGCUCCGGAAGGAAGCAGCAGAUGACAGCAACGAAUGAAUAAUAUAAUGUGCACCAGGAGCAGCAAUAAUACAGAGGGAGGGAACACUAUGCAAGACAACAAGCCCUUGAAUCUGGACACUUUUGUUUGGCCAAAAUUGAGCCUAAGCCUGUCCCAAGGAGAGAAAGAGGAAGAUUUCCAGGCAAUAAAGGGCUCAAAGUUGCCAUUGAGACCCAAAAAGCGUCUCAAGUGUAUUCAGAAGGCAAUAGAUAAUCUUACUCCUGGUUUUUGGCUUAGCGAUGUUUCUCAAGAACGCUAUGAAGUCAGGGAAAAUAAAUCCACAAGAAAGAGACCGACGGGUUUGAAAGCUAUGCAAGGAGUAGAUAGUGACUUGGAAUAAGCAGGCUGUUCCAUCUCAACUGUACUUGCAAAGACUGUUUAUUUCAAUUUAUGUAUCAUAAACCACAUUGGUUUGUCAGGUACUGGAGAUCACCCAUUCAAUUUGUCUAGUACAUGACCGGAAAUUGCAAACCAAGCCUAGAAAGCUUGAGAAACUCUUGAUUGGUUUGCAAUGUAUGUGAAAUCUAAAGAAAUGUACAGAAAUCAGCACUAACAGUUAUGAUGGAUGUAAUUUUCUGACUUCCACUACAAUCCCAAAACAUUAUUUAU